GCGACUCGAGCGACACACCCACACCCACAGCACACCCACACCACAACACACCGCUCCCCCCCCACACUCACACAGAGAAAUAUUGAAUGCUCGUGAGUGUGGACAAACCCGUAAGCAGGUGUUUAAUACUCACUCAACAACACUGGCGGCACCACUGUCUGUAACACUGGAAACAUGCUGCUGAGACGCUUGCCACACAGCGGCGGCAAACCCAAGAACUCGCCGUGCCGGACGAUGCCACUGCAACUGCAACUGCUGCUGCUACUCUGCCUGGCAUUCGUGGGCCACGUCAGUGCACAAUUCGAUCGCACCAUCAGUGAACAGGAGAGCAAAUCUGUGGUCCUGCCCUGUCCCGUGAAUGAGGAGAAAUGCGGCAAGUUGCAUUCAUUGAACUGGUUCAAAGGCGACGAUCGCAUUGCUGCCAUGCUGCUCGGCGAUAGCAAUGUGACGAGUGUGAAUAAAGAAUUUGAGGAUAGAGUGACUGUUGAACAAAAUCCAUACAGACUAGUUAUUAAGGACUUGAAAAUAGGUGAUGAGGAUAUUUAUCUAUGUGAUACAACAUUUUUUAUACCAGAAGAAACGUGUGAUAACUUCAAUGGCUAUCGAGUGGAAUUGAGAGUCUUAGAAAACAUUGUGCCACCCACUGAGGUUGUGAUUUUGGAUGCAAAGGGCGAUCGCAUCGAGAACGGCAGCGUGGUGGGUCCCAUGCAGGAGCGCCAGGCCCUGAAGGCCACAUGUACCGUGAAGAAUACCCGACCACAGCCUGAUGUCGGCUGGUUUCGCGGCACGAAGCGACUGGCAACAUACUCUCCCACUCAUGAUUUGAACGAUGGCCUCUACACUUCGACACUGGAGCUGGAUUGGCAAUUAUCCCGUGAGGAUCUGGCACAGGACAUUGAAUGCCGCGUGGAGUCCGCAGCGAUAAAGUCGGCGAUUGUUACCAAGUUUAGCGUGGACUUGCAAGUGCCGCCAAAGAGCAUACUCAUCAAGGGCGUGGAACACCAUACGGUUCAGGGCAGCAAAGUAGUGCUACAAUGUGACAUUUACGGUGCACGCCCGGCUGUUAACCUCACCUGGUACAAUGCAACAGCGACCAUAAGUCCCGAGGAGAAUGAUUUAACUGAGAUACGCACCAAAGCGUUUGAGAAGGAGGAUGGCACCUAUCACACACAAUCGGAGCUCGUCUUUAAUGCCACUCGCUUUGAGAAUGAUCGCGUCUUCAAGUGUGAGGCCGAGAAUAUUGUGCUACAAAUCAACAGGGAGAAACCAAUAUCAUCGACCAAAACAUUGGAAGUGUUGUAUCCGCCCGUUGUCAAGGUCAGUCCACCGGAAAUGGUCACAAAUACCAGCGAAAUUGUGCUCCUGAAUUGUGAAUACUUCGCCAAUCCUGCCUCUUUAACCCAAGUUGUGUGGUAUCGCAAUGGCGACAUUGUCAAUGUCAAUGAUACGGAUCACUAUCAGGGGGGUAAUUCGGAGAAUGUGGCGCUGGUCAUCAAGUCCACCGAUAAGGAGGAUGUUGGCAACUACUCCUGUCAGCUGUCGAAUGCGAUUGGCAAAGGCAUAUCGGAGCAGCAAAUUGAUCUGGAUGUGCAGUAUGUGCCCCUUGUGGAGGUGCUAAUGAUACCCGAGGGACCUGUCAAGGAGAGCGACGAGUCGAAUGUCACCCUCUUUUGCAAUAUCCUAGAGGCAAAUCCUUCGGUGCUCACAAAGGUGCGCUGGUACGCCAAUGCCACGCUGCUCAAGGAGCUGCCCGACUGCGAGGAGACUCGAGAGGAUCUCUGCCACAUUGAUCCCAGCAAACUGCUGUUGGAGAGCAUUGGACGUGGAUUUUUCUACAAUUACUCCUGCGAGGGCUUCAAUGCUGCUGGCUGGGGUCCACGCAGCGAAGAGAAGGAGCUAAUGGUACAUUAUGAGCCCGGACCUGCCACGCUGACCCACUUCCCACCGAUUGCUGUGAAAAAGAAGAGCGUCAUCUUCUCGUGCUCUGUGGACGAUCCGGGCUAUCCGGAAUCGAAUAGAUAUCGUUGGCUGCGCGGCGGUCGCGGUCCGCUGCAGGACAUUGUCACCAAGGACUGGACGGUGGAGCCAGUUGGCCUGGACAGCCGCACCAACUAUUCCUGCUAUGCGUACAACGAGGGCGGCAAGGGCGUAAUGGCCACAGUCAAUUUGGAGGUGCAUGCACCGCCAUUUUUCAUCAAGAACCUGCCACAGUAUACGGGUGUGCUGCAUUCCACCCGCAAUGCGAAUCUAACCUGUCGCAUCGAGUGCGUGCCACGCUGUGAGAUAUCCUGGCAGAAGGACGGCACCACCAUCGAGAAGAACGAUACCCGCUACUUUAUCAAGGAGAAGUAUAUGGAUGCCUCCCCAGCAACCGGUGACUUUGAGAGCAUGCUAUCAGUGUUGCACUUUAACAUGUCAAAUUGGCCAAAUUCGAAAUUCGAUAUCUCGGCAGAUAAUGCCAACUACACGUGCGUCUCAACGGGCAAUUCCGUGGGGCCUGGCAUCAAGAGUGGCACCUAUUUGGGCAUUGAAUAUGCGCCCAUCAAUACAACCGUUGCAAACACGACUGUCUAUGUGCAGGAAGAUACCAUACCGGGACGGGUUAUCUGCAAAUCAUAUGGCAAUCCAGAACCCUCUUAUGAGUGGCGUUUCAAGGACAAAAUAAUUACCAGAGGCAGCGCUUUGAUCAUCAAUACUCCCAUGCAACGCAACGACAAUGGCACCUACACCUGUCUGGCCUUCAACAAACAUGGCAAGAGCACAGCCGAAACAGUCAUCGAAGUGCAGUUCAAGCCGCGCUGUGAAAUCGAGCGACGUGAGAUCGACGAUCAGGAUACACUGAUUUGCACAGCAUUCGGAAACCCCGUGGAGGCUGAUUUUUCAUGGUCAAUCAAGGCGGAGAAUGAAACUGUGGAAUAUUUGGGCAGCGGCGAUGAGAAAGCAUUCGCGGACAAGAGUUUCUAUGUGCUGCAGGAGGACUAUGCCAUUGCCAGGACCUACAGAUGUGUGGCCAAUAAUACUGUUGGAUCGGGUGCAUUCUGUGAAAUUGAAGUUGCUGCUGGUUCAGCGCUUUUUAUUUGGUGGCAAGAACAAUUGGCCUGGUGGCAGCGUUGGGAGAAGACGACACUCAUCAUACUGGUUGCAGCCAUUUUGGGACUGCUGCUGGCCGUCAUUAUCAUUUGCUGCAUAAUCAUAUGCGUCUGCCGUCGCCGCCGGCGCCAAGAUAAAUAUCACACGGAAGUAUCCAUAAGCGCCAGCCAAAGUGUGCUGUCGUAUCAGCCAGUGAUGCCGAAAGUGGGCGCGGCACUGCCUAUACAGGAUACAUCGGCUAGUUUAUUGCCAGCCACCCUAUCGCCGGCGAAUCAUCGGCAACAUCAGGGCCAGCCAAUAUUGGCAGUGCCGGGGGCCCAAACCGAAACCGAAACCGAGAAUAACAAUGAGAUCUUAUCCACACCCCCACCUGUCACGCGCUUCAAUGGCAAUGCACCAAAAUCCCCACCACGCUGGCCACUUCGUCCGGGUGUAAUGCUCCACGUGAGCAGCGAUACCAAGGAGAAUCUGGCUGUGAAUCGAAUGACACUGAAGCCCCAUCCAAAUACAAAUACGAGUGGGAAUGGGAAUGGGAAUGGGCAUGGGAAUGCGAGUGUGCAUGUGAAUGUGGCGAAUGCAAGUCAGUUGUCGGCACAAUUGAGUGCCGUGUUGAACGAGAGCCAGACUAACUCCAACAGCACACAGCUAACUGAGGUGACGGUGGUUGCGGAAGCCGGAACGGGCAACAGCCACACUUUGGGGCCACAGACGAGAUUGAAGACUGAGGCGGAACAUUUACCAUCAACAGAUGAGGCAGAGACGACUCCAGAGGGAGCUGCCUGCCUGGAGAACCUAACAGAUGCACCAGCAGAAGCAGCAGCAGCAGCAGGAGUGUCGUCCUCGUCCUGUGCGAAUGCCAGCAAAGUGGAGCGCAUUCUGGCAUUUGUCUUUAAGCGGACUAAGAAGUCAUCGGAUGAUGGCACUCGGGAUAGCCAGCGUAGCCAUGUGGGCCUAUUGCAGACCUUUUGGCGUGGACGUGGUGGCCAUAACGAAAGCAACUCCUCUGCCUCCGCCUCAUCCUCCCCAUUCGGAGCACAGCAUAGACUCAAGGGAAUACGUUGCAGUGGCAGUGUCACCUAUAAAAAGACGCCCGCUAAAUCAGCCACUAAUGAAACAACCACAAACACACAAGCAGGCGAAACGACACCAGUGAAAAGUCCUUCCAGCAGUGUCCCAUCACGUGCCUCUGUGACAUUUCAAGCGCCUUCAUUAGACAAGGAAACCGAUCAGGGGAAAACAACAACAACCAAAACAACAGGAACAGAAGUAAUUCCCACACAGGGAGCCCAUUCUUCAUUACAACAAGUCGUCGCUGGCGUGCCGGCGACCUCGUCGCUCCUUCAGCAACAGACAACAACAUCACCACAGGGUCGGAGUGGUCGAACGCCACCGCCACGACCACCGCCACCCACAUUGCCACUGAGGCCACCACCAGGCCCAGGCCGAGGCCGAACCCUUGGCCACCCACAGAGGGCACUGUCGAGAGGCAGUCCGUUCAGCGGAAUUCCAAUCAGAGUCAGUUCCAGCACGGAGCAGGGCACCUCCAGCACCCUGCCACCAAUGGCCAAACGAAGCAUAUUGGUCUCCUCCCCCCACAACAAGGUCGAACACGUCCAAAUACACGACAAGUCGUCUUCACUGGGGGAACCAUUGACGGAACCUGGCGAGUAUGAGAAUCUACCGUUUCAUGGUCUGCAAACGGCACCUAACAAGUUCUCUACUACCCCCACAAAUUUUAAUAACAACACAAAUGUGGUGCGCGUCGCUCCACGACCCAAGAGACUCAAUGGAAGUAUCAGUCAGCCGUCGAACAGCCAGCAGCAGCAGCAACAUCACCAGACUCUGCAACAUCCUCAUCCACACCAGCAGCAACAUUACUGCGACCUGCAACAACAGCAGCAGCAGCAGCACUAUCAGCACCAGAAACCUGGACAACAAUACAAUACCAUGCACCACCUGACAGCCCCACAUGGCCAGGGCCUGGAGUCGGGCACACAUCAAGUGCAAUAUAAUUUGAGCAACUGCUUCCCCAAGAGCUACACCGAGUACUACCAGCAGCAUCAGCAGCACCAACAGCUCCAACAGAAGCAACAACUACCAACAGCAACGACUCAGCAGCAGCAGCAAAAGUUCAGCACCAAUUCGUCGUCGAAUGUGCAGCUGCUGAAUGCCAUCGAGCACGACUAUCAGCCCACCUAUGCGGUGGUGGAGCGCAUCCCGGCACCACCGCCACCGCCCGUUGCCAGCUCGGCGCUGCUCAAUACGAAUCCCUUUCUGGCGGCCAGCAACUUCCGCAAGUACGAUGCAGCGGGGGAGGAGCUGCACGGGAGCAUGCAGCGCGGCAAGAAGAGCAAGGGAGUUGGCGGGGACAUGGACAAAAAGUUUUACUCGCUAAAGUUCCCGGGAGGCGGCGGAAAGAUCAAGAAGCCGGCAGGGUACAAUGGGAAUAUUAGCACUCCACUGGGCACGACCACGUCCCCCACCUCGGCCAUGGACCCAGCGAUGGCGUCAAAGUGCAAGAGACAUCAUUCCUUUGCUGGCAAUAGCCAUAGCGAUAUUGACUCCGGUGGCAAGCCCAUGCGCCUCUAUGAUCCGCCCGUCUACGAGAAUGUAGUGGAGAAGUGCACUGGCCACGAUGCGGCCAGGGACAUGGACAUGGACAUGGGCGGCGGCAGCAGCAGCCUUCACACCAAUCCGAAUCCAAAUCUGGCCACUGUGCAGCUGCACACGCACUCUGGUGCAGGAGCAGGUGGAGCAGGUGGUGGGGGAACUGCUGUCGUCCAGCAAAAGAAAAAACAUCACCAUCGCCAUCACCAGCAAAAAAAUGAUCCAGGAGGUGGAGGAAGUGGCGCCGAGUUCCAGCUAAUGGAGCCCGAACGCCUGAGCAUUUACCGCAGCGAUUCGGGCAUCUCGAACAGCUCCUACGAGUCGCAACUGCCAUCGGGCUUGUCCCAGCAGCAGCAGCACCCCCACCAUCGCCCAUCAAAGGCCGCCCACAAAUCAGGGGCAGUGGCUGGCGCAAAUGCCGGCGCAUCUGGCGGACUGUGUCGGAAGACGGUCUACAUAAAUAUGGAAGGACAGUGUGCGGGAUUGAUGCAUGCAGACUCCCCAACACAUGUGCACUCGUCCUACGAGUCCGCCUCGUCCAACAGUCAUGGCGUGGCCCUCGCCGCGGAUCCGACAACGCUCUCAUCCUGCACCUCGCUGUACAGCAGCGGCACCAGCGGCACAGCCGCCUCCCUCCGCUAUCCCCGUCACCAGCACAACAAUCAGCACAAUCAGCAGGCCAUGGCCAAUGAAAUCACGACGCCCGAAGACUUUGAACAGUACCAACUGGGCCACCAUCCGACGCACUCGGCCUCCACGCUCUCAGUGGCCAGCAGUCUCAAUGCCACCGGAAGGGGCAAAUGUAAAACAGGGGGGCCACCAAGCCAGUACAAUGCUCACGAGACCAACAAAACGCUGGCCACUAAUCCAUUUCUAGCCAAUAAACGGAACAACAGCGGCGGGGGCAUCGGCGGCAGUGGCUGCCUCGGGAACAAGAAACUACGACGGCAAACCAUCAGCGACCCCUACGCAUAUAUCAAACGGCGUCAGUGGCAGUACGAUGGGCAUGCCGACUAUGAUGUCGACUCCUCUGUUACCCACAGCCAACAUACAGAAGCCCCUAAUGCCCACGGUGAUAGCUGCCCCACCAAAUCUGCGACAGUUGAAUCAGCAGCAACGUCAGCAACAUGCCAACAGCAAAUUGGCAACAGCAACGCGAGCAUUAGCCACAUCAAGAUCGGGAAUGCCAGUGCCAGUGGAGAACAUCAAGAACAAUUGCUAAUGCCAAAUGAAUUGCUGCUGCAGGCAUCCCGAUUGGGUUCCUUCACCACCGUCGAGAAUUUGAGAUAUGUACCGCCGUUGAAUCCGGUCAUGCGGCCCCUGGCGGAUGGCGGGGCCUACGACUGUCUGGUGGUGCGACGGCCAAUACGUCUGCCACUGCGUAAGCACCACACCUUCCAUUUUCAGAGCAACCAGACGGCCAACGGCAGGCUGCAACAGCUGCGACAGCAACUGCAGCAUCAGCAGCGUGAGAGGGAGCAGCUGGAGCAGGAUUUGGGCUCCUCUCUGAUGUAUCGUCCAUUUGCUCUGAAUGAGCGGCAUGCCUUUAAGCCAAUUUCACCAACUCCAGCCAUGGCAGCUGCCACAGCAGAGGAUGCAAAUGUAGAAGAGUCGAAGGCAUGCCCGUUGGUGCCACCCUCUGGUGCAACUGGACAACUAAAUCCCGCCGCCUCAUUAGAGGCAUUAGAGCUUCUAACUAAAACGCAUCCAGACUAUAUGUUUCCACGGUCAAGCUACCCACAGAAGAGCGAGCCCACCACCACCACGGAGGAGGCAAUAGAAUUAUCUGCACACCCAACAUCAUCGGCACCAGAGAUGGUGGAGGAAGACGAAGAUCUGGGCUAUAGCUUCUGCGAGGAGGAGUACAUGGUGGACAAUGAUAACGAUAGUCUGAAGACAACUACAGCACCGACGAAUACGCCAGUUCGUAGCUCAAAUCAGGAAUCGGCGAUUGCCAAUGCCACUGCAGGUGCUCUGAAAUACUUUAUGACCCAAAGCUAUCGUGAAGUUCACAUUUAGGAAGCGAAACAUUUCGAAAUUCACCAAAGAACAAAGAAGAAACAGGCCUACGCGACGCAUACAAGGUAUUAACUAUUAUAUGAACGAAAUAGAUCGAGUUGGGAGGGAGUGUAAAAUUCACUUAGAUUGUAAGUUCCAAAUAUUGCAACAAAUAUGUAAGCUUAGCAAACCGAAAAAAGUGAAAUAUAGUAAGUUGAAUAAGUUAGAAAUGAAACAGUAAUCAUCAGAGGAAUAUUUCCAGCAUUUCCUGUUCCCGAAAUGAAUCAUCCAUUGGUCGUAUACAUACUUAUAACAUAGUACUCACAAAUAGGAGAAAAGAACGAAAAAGGGUUUAAUCUUCAAAGACUCGCACUAAUUGCUAGUGUAAAUAGAUAGUUACACAUUGACAUUCCGACAUAAAUAUCAUUAGAGUUAAUAUUUAUUAUUCUCAAUAGCAGAAGCAAAAGCAAAUACCAAUGAAAUGCAAAUACACAAAUACAAUUACAAAAUGCAAUGCACUUACGUAGACCCGUCUAACAAAACUAACCGAAUCGAAGCGAAUCGAAUCACACAACCAAAAAUGCAUUUAUUUAGUUGGCGCUAACUAUCGGCAUGUAUGUACAUCAAUCGUUUAACACUAUUAGCAUAAGCAAACCAUGAAUUAGAUAAGUUAAUUAAGUACUCUAGUACUCUAGGAAAAUCAGACUGUGUGUGUUAAGUUUGAUAGUCAUGUGUAUAGGAUACUUUAAUAAUAAAUGCAAACAAGUGCAGAUGUGUAGCUAAUGUAUGUGCUGGGCAUACAAAACACAUAAAUGAGGGUAUACGUUUUUCCAUUUAGUUUAUCUAAGAACCCAAAGGGAGACCCACAUUUUAAGGUACUUUCUAGUUUUAGUUUAUACUUAUUAUUAUGGCAAUAAUUUGAAACCAAAGCAACUUGAAAAGUCUCCUAGGCGGCGGCAUACUUUAUCGAUUUUUGGAAAGUUAUUCUCCCACUUCCACUGCCUUUACGAAAUAUACAAAAAAACAGCCAUCACAAUGUCUCC